CGUCACGCGGCUAAAUGUAGCAUUAGAAGCUCCGUUGGAGUGAGGAUUUUACCUUUAGAAAGGGAUUUUACCUUGAACUUCUUCCUCUUUUAUGGUUUUAACGCAGAAAUGACAUAUUUUAGAAUUGAUUAUCCAUAAUAUGCACUAGAUUUUCACGAUGUUUAAAUGUAUUCCGCUUUUUAAAGCUUGUAAUAGACAAGUUGAAUAUAUUGACAGGAGACACUGCAAUUUGACAGAUGUUCCCGAUGACAUUUUACGCUAUACACGUUGUUUAGAAGAACUUUUAUUAGAUGCAAAUCAGCUGAAGGACUUACCAAAGGGUUUUUACAGACUUGUUCAGUUGAGAAAACUAAGUUUAAGCGACAAUGAAAUCGGCAGAAUCGCACCAGAGAUCUCAAAUCUUAUUAACCUCAUGGAACUUGAUAUCAGUCGGAACGAUAUUGGAGAUAUUCCUGAAAACAUAAAAUUCUGUAAAAACUUGCAAGACUUUGAUGUCAGCAGCAAUCCUCUUACAAAAUUACCACCAGGGUUUACACAGCUCCGUAACCUAACACGGUUGGGAUUAAACGAUGUUUCCUUAGAUCGACUGCCUCAGGAUAUUGGAAGUUUAUCCAACUUAGUAUCAUUAGAACUUCGUGAAAAUAUGAUCAAGAAUCUUCCUCAGUCUAUUUCAUUUUUAAGCAAACUAGAGAUUUUAGAUUUAGGCAGCAAUGAGAUCGAUGAAUUGCCAGAGAUCAUAGGCACCUUACCUAGCCUUCAGGAACUAUGGUUAGAUGGUAACGAUCUCACUGAAUUACCUCCGGAAAUUGGCAAUUUGAAGAAGUUAUCUAUCCUUGAUGUAUCUGAGAACCAGCUAGACUACUUACCAGAGGAACUUGGUGGUUUACAAUGUUUGACAGAUCUGUGUUUAUCUCAGAACUGUUUAGAGAAUCUUCCUGAUGGAAUUGGUCGAUUGAGAAAGUUGACGAUAUUUAAGAUUGAUCAGAACAGACUGCUGAACUUGACCCCAACAAUAGGAAAUUGUGAUAACCUGCAAGAGCUAAUAAUAACAGAAAAUUUACUAUCAGAUUUGCCGAUAUCAAUUGGGAAAUUAAAAAGUAUGACAGUUUUUAAUGUGGACAGAAACAGACUUACAGACAUCCCUGUAGAAAUUGGUAGAUGUCUGCGGCUUAAUGUGUUAUCAUUACGAGACAACAGAUUGUUGAGGUUGCCUCAGGAGUUAGGACGAUUGGAAGAUUUGCAUGUCUUAGAUGUGUCAGGAAAUAGGUUAGAAUAUUUACCAAUAACUGUAGCUAAUUUAAAUCUGAAAGCCUUGUGGUUGUCUGAGAACCAGGCAAAACCCAUGUUAAAAUUCCAGACAGAUUUUGACGAGAGGACUGGGCAACAAGUCCUGACAUGUUUUCUGUUACCUCAGCAGGAUUUCCACACAGAAAGUAUGGAGAAUUUAUUACGUGGUAGCACCACAACAGACCAAGACAGUCGACUAAGUGAUCAUAUUGAACGACACAGAGACAGUAAAAUCCACUUCGAUGUACCAAAAGAAGAUGACACAGACACAGAAAGUGAAGGGAGCCAUUUCCAGAGGCAUGAUACACCUCAUCCUAAAGAUCUUAAGAAACGCUUCUUGAAAGGAAAAACAUCUAUUGAUGGCCAUGUUAUUCCACAUCAGGAAAAGAAAAAAGAGGAUCUAGUUUUCAUGCCAUCGAGAGACAAUGAUCCCAGAUGGUCUAUGACUAUUGAUGUAGAAAAACCACAUAUAGAAAAGAAGAGUCCUCAACAAUCAGAACAUCCACCUGUUAUAAAAGCUCCAGAAUUAGAGGGACCACCUCGAUACCAUGGACCCACUGAUCAUCGACACAAGCAGGAGAGUGAGGAGGAAGAUGAAAGGGAGCAUGCCAAGGAAACACAGCCUCUUAUUAAGGAGGUCAUUAUCUCAGAGGCACCUAAAGUUACUUAUGAGGAGCAUAAUGGUUACUAUGACGACCAAGUAGAGGAAGAAACACAUGAGAAAAGUGAAACGGAGCAUGAGGAGCAGGAUCAGGAGAAAGAGGAAUAUUCCGAUUCUGAUGAGGAAAACCAGUACAGAGAAAAAGUUGUUGGAUUUGAUGUAAAAACGGAAGAAAACACAGAAAGAACAACUGGCCUUCGUCGACGAGACACACCCUAUUACAAGAAAAACAAGAGGGUAAAUCUGAAGGAUGAACAAUCUAGGGAUAAAGUACUGGAAAUACUGGCACAGAUUGCUGCAAAGAAGGAAGGAGGAGAAACACAGAGUGACAGUGUUGAUGGUGAAAACAAGGAACCAGAAAUGGAAACAGAGCUAAUAAAGAUCCAGAUAAACAGGCAACCAGGUCAAGGUCUGGGUAUCUCCAUUGCUGGUGGCAGAGGUUCUACACCAUUCAAGGGAGACGAUGAGAGUGUGUUUAUUUCGAGGGUUUCUGAAGAUGGACCUGCAGCAGCUGCUGGUGUCACUGUCGGAGAUAAAUUACUUUCGGUAAAUGGUGUGAAUCUGAUUGAUGCUGACCACUAUGAUGCAGUAGAUGUACUCAAGUCCAGUGGAAAUAAUAUAACAAUGGUUCUUGGUAGAGAGAAAAUGGUUGAACCUAAGGAAGAGGAACCUAAGGAGGAAGAAGAGGAACCAACAACAGGGUUUGCUACAGUUUCGUUUGAACAAGAACCUGGAACUGAAGUUUAUGGAGAGAAAAUUUCGACAACAUUACUACGGGAUCAUACUGGGUUAGGAUUCAGUAUUGCAGGUGGCCGUGGAUCAAUACCAUUUAAAGGCAAUGAUCAGAAAGUUUAUUCCUUUCUGGAGGCGAUUUAUAUCUCUCGUGUGGUAGAUGGAGGUAUUGCUCAAAGGGAUGGUAAAAUUCAGGUUGGCGAUAAACUUCUGUCUAUCAACAGUGUAGACAUGCAAGAUGCCAGACACGAUCAGGCUGUUGCUCUGUUGACUGGUGUAGAUAAUGAAAUUCGAUUGGUUGUGUAUAGGGAGAAAGUUGUCCCCAAGGAGGAAGCUGUGGUGUCACCACCCAGUGGUGAGAAACUGGAGAAAAUAACUCAGCCACUAAUAAGCUGGCAGCAAACACCUCCCACAACAGGAAUUAAUGAUACAUUUUUGAUUACUCAAUCCCCUGUGGUAGCCUCAUCACCAGCAACAAUACAGAGUGAAACCUUUACAAUGACCCAGUCAUCAGUGGUCUCGUCUGGUCCUACUGUUCAACCCAUCAGCAACAGUCCAAGUCCAUAUUCGACUGCAACACCAUCUUCAUUUACAUAUCAGUCACAGAAAUCUCCGCUUUCACCUCAACAAAUUUCACCGCAGGCUACAUUGUCACCUCGUCAAGAAACAUCGCCAUCUGUUAGUCCACGUAAUGUGUCAAGUGAAUGGUCGACGACACCCACUACUGCUGUUCAACCGCCACGAUUUGUAUAUCCUGGCUUUAAAUCACGGACUACAUCUAGCAGUAAAACUGUAGAAAGUAAAAACAUUGAAAAUGAAAGUAGAAAUAGUCAAAGUGAAAGUAGGAAUAUAAUGCACGAACAACAAAAUAAAACAGUUUCAUUUGAAAGGGAGACAAUCAAAUCAAAUCAUGUGACUAUUAACAGUGGUGAUUCUAAGCAUGCAAUAGAUAAUAUAACAAUAGUGAAGGCAGGAGGACCUUUAGGUUUAAGUAUUGUAGGAGGAAGUGAUUUAUCUAGUCAUCCAUUUGGCGUAGAUGAACCUGGAAUAUUUGUGUCAAAGAUUAAUCCUGAUGGUGCAGCAUCUAGAACUAACUUAAAAAUUGGUGAUAGAAUUUUAUUGGUGAAUAGUAAAGAUGUAACAAAAUGUAAACAUCAAGAGGCAGUGAUGGCAUUAAUAGCUCCAACCUAUGAAAUUCAUUUAGUUGUACGACACGACCCUCCUCCUAAAGGCUUACAGGAAUUAUCAGUAUUCAAGUCACCUGGUGAAAAGUUGGGGAUGAGUAUAAAAGGUGGUUCUAAAGGAACAUAUAAUCCUGAAGAAAAGUUAGAUGAAGGAAUAUUUAUCUCUAAGAUCAGUAGUGAUGGAGCUGUAGCUAAAGAUGGUAGAUUGAAAGUAGGUCAGAGAAUUCUAGAGGUCAACGGUACAAGUUUGAUAGGAAGUACUCAUCAAGAAGCUGUCCGUGCUCUUCGUAGUGUAACUGACAAAAUGAUCAUUAUGGUCUGCGAGGGGGAGGACCCAGAUUCACCUAAUCUUACAUCACCCGAUUCACCGAACGCUCCAGUACCACCAAGGUUACGAGAUGGAUCUGUGUCUAGCAUUGACAAAGAUGAUGAAGACCAUAACAUUAUUCGCAAGGAAGCUUACCAUGUUUACAGAAUUUGGAACCAAUCUAUGCAACAACAGAGAAAAGACGCUCAGAUUAAACCAGGUACAGAAAUUUCUCCUAGCAAGAUACCUAAAGCAAAAGUUGAUCCCAAAAUAAAUACUGGUUCUGUGAUUAAUCAAGUGCCUCCAGAUCAAAAAUCUAACCCUCCAGAUGUCAUUCCUGUGACACCUGUGAAAACUGAACAGAUACCUGUCCACUCUGACCAACCUGUCCAUUCUGAUCAAACUCACGUAAAGCGACCACCUGUUCCUCCAAAACCCCUGGCAAAACAUGAAGAAUUAAAUAUUUCAUCUAGAAUUCCUACAGUCAGCCCUGUUAGUCCAGCUAAGCAGGAGGACUUGACAGCAAGUGUGAUCAAACAUUCCAGAAUUCCAACAGCCAAAGUGGCUUUCAUGGGUAUGGAGGAAAGCUUCGAUGAGAAAUCAUCGCCUGGUACUUCACCAAAGCAUGAUAAUUUGACUGCAAGUGUAAUCAAACAGUCACGAAUACCAAUGGCAAAAUCUCCAUCUUUAGCAAAAGAAGAUAGCUUAGGCGAGGAUUCAUCAAUGAAAUCAAACACGCCUUCACCGCCAUCUAAAAUAGACACUGAUACUGCUAAGAUAUCCCGUAUUCCAAUGGCAUCACCGCCACAAAGUGCAAGAGACAGUAAAACAAACCUUGACAUUGUAAAACAGUCUCGGAUUCCUGCCGCCAAGUCUCAAGAUUCAGAUGAUCCAAUUAAACAAUCUCGUUUACCAACUGCCAGACUGUCGAAGCCAGAACUUCCAUCUAAACCUAAAGUACCGAACAAACCUACAAAUAUCGGUGGACAAUCUUCUUCCCUUGAUGCUAUUAAACAAUCGCGACUUCCUGCAGCCAAACAGGUUGAAAUUAAGACACCAACUUCACCAACCUUGCCUCCUCAGAUUGAGCAUGGUGAAGAUUUGACAUUUAAGCUGAAGAAGAAAUAUUUUGAAAAAGAGAUCAAGGAACAUACUGAAGAAAAACCAUCAGUGAAAAAGAAAAUAGUUCUCCCGACUGAAACAGCUAAGAAGUUUCAAUUCUGGUCACAGCAUGAGUUUGAGAAAAUGAAAGAGGCUGAAGAAAAGAAAGUAAAUAGUAUGACGACAGAGGAGCUGGUAUCUGAUGUCACUAGUCACGUCAACUCUCACGAUGAUUACGAGGGCGAGAUUACAAGUCCAUCCAGAAUACCUGUGCGGACACUUAAAGCUGAAAAACGCAUGCAGGAUCGUCUCGAACAGGAAGGACUUGAAGCGCCAUCUACAGAAGACAAAAAAUUAUCUCCUGCUGAAGAGAGGGCGCUCCAAGCAGAGAAAAGGGCAGCAUGGCGUGCCGCCAGAAUGAAGUCAUUAGAAGUUGAUGCCAUGAAAGCAGAAGCUGUGAUUGCCAGGGCCCAGGAACUUAAGAAAAAUACUGCUGUAGAACUUGCCUUUGCAGAAGAGGAAGAAAAUAAAUUGAAUCAGAAUGGAGAAAAUUCUAUAGAAGUAACAAAACAGAAUAUAAUAGAACUAAAUAUUGAGGGAGGAGAGUCAGCGUCAUGAAAAAUAUAAAGAUUUAGUCAAGAGCUCAAGAGAAGCCAUUCCUCAUACAGCCAAAUGUUUAGAUAAUUAUAUUUUACGGAGUGACCUUUGACCUUAAGAGGAUAGUUAUAUAUUUUAUAACAUGAUGAUUUUAUCAUUACCCGUUUUUAUACAUUGACAAGUUAUUUAUAAAUUUUAAAAAGUGUUCAUAGAUAUAUAUAUAUAUAUAUAUAAAUAUGUAUAAUUUCUUAAUAUGUGAUAAUUGUGUUUUAUAACAACAGCAAAAAUGCAUGUAUUAACCAAUAUUUAUUGAAGAAGUAUUCAUUUUAUCAAAAGCCAUUUAAAAACUGGUAAUUGCAUAGGCAAAACUAAGGUGGUGCCAAGGUGAAAAUCAUCUGAAAUCAAGUUGUUUUUUGAAUUGCAAUGCUGAAUUUAGUACUGAUAACAUUUUUAAAUAGCGCUUGAUAAAAUUAAAACUGAACUGCCCUGUUACAAGAAGAUUGGUUAACACAUGAUUGGUUUCUGUUGUAAUAUGAAAAUUUAUUGUGCAUUUGUUUUAUUUGUUUUAAUAAUAUAAUGUAAUGUAAGGUUGAUCUGAUUUUAUUUUAAUUUCUAGUAUGUUAAACGGUACGUCUUCUUGUCUGUUGCUAUCCGUCCAGAAUCUCUACACUGACAAAAGAGUUUUUCCAGCAGUUUCAUAAAUGGACCUUUGAUAUACAAUAAUUUAAGGAAUAAAUUUGAAAUACUUGAUGAUCGAUCCAGAGUAAAGUGAGAAUAUUUUAGAAAUUUCAAUCCAUAAAUAAUGUUUUUAGUUUUUAAGAUAAUAAGAAAAAUUUUAAAUGAGUUCGUUAGAUAGGGUUAGUUUGACAGCUGAAGUUGGAACAGUUUCUUUCCUAUUUCACAUUCAAAAAGAAGUUGAAGAUUUUAAAGAAAUGUAAUUUUACAUAUACUAUUAACAGGGACUGGCAAAUAUGGAGAAUCAAUGCUUUUAGUGUAUUAAAUUCAACAAAUCAAGUGUACAAUUUGAAUUUUACCUUGAUAAUAAAAGUACUUACCAAAGAGGGUUUCGAGGAAAAUAGAUAAAUAAAUAAAAGAUCAAUAUAUGUGGCGCUUUUUUGAAAAUAAGAAUAUGUAAUAUUUAUAAUAACAGUUUAUGAACACACCUUCAUAUAAAAUAUAUAUUCACUAAGUUUUUAGUAUAAAUAUGUAGUUUGAAGAUUAUAGACGCAUUUGAGAAUUUUAAAAGAUAUUUUCGUAAUUAAUAAUUAGGUCAUGACAAGUGGAGGAGGUCGUCUCCCCUGGCUAACUUCCUGCAUGAAUUUGUAGGCAAAAGAGUUUUUGACUUUGCAAAUAAAAUAUAGAUUUGGAUUGAAGAUGAUCAAAUCAUGUGAUCCAGAGUGUAGCUAAUGAACUUUCUAUAUUUGAAAGUGUUUAGAAAUAAGUAUAUAAUCAAGCUUGUUGUUUAAAGAAAGGAAUUACACAUGUCAGGAUAUUGUUCCAUAUCAGAGACACAGUAAUUAUUAGCAAUUGGGCAGAUGGAAUAGGGAGUGGCUGUAUUUUUUGAUUCAAGUGAAAAUUGUAGUUAUAUACCCCAAUAUACUUACAUGAAAAUACAUGUCAAAACAUAACAAUACUUAGUGGUUUCAUUUUAAUCAUUAUUUCAUUAGACAUCAUUUUUUCGAUCAUAUUCAUGAAAUUUUCAGAUACAUUUUCUCAUCUUCAAAUUAGUCUUCGAGACAUUAAACUGGCAUUUCUACAUUAAGGAAAUUACUGGUGCAAUGUAUGAUGGUGUGUGAUAAAAUUAGUUUGAUUCCCCUUUAAAAAAAUCUCUUUAAUUUCCCUAUAAUAGUAAAUGUAGAAGAUACAGGCCUUUUUGUUCAAAAUAUUUAUACAAUGGAUAAAACUUUUCAGUGAGUCUUGUAUAUUAAAGCAAGAUUUAAAUGCUUUCUUAGUUUGAUCUAAUGGUUAAAUAUUUUGAACAACUAGACCUUUGUGUUUAUUUUUUCGAAAAAGAGGUUAUUCAAGAAAGGGGAUAGUUUGAUUAUUAUUAUGUUGACAGAGUAAAGUUUUUGUGAUUUUCUGUCUUUUAUUUAUUUUUGAUAGAAAUAGGAACAAGUAGGAUUUAAAGUUUUCUCUUUAACAUUUUCUUGCCAUUUUUGUAGAAUUUGCACUUUUUCAGAAGCACAUAAGUUGGGCUGUAUUAAAAUAGAUAGACUCUUUCCAUAUGAUAUAAUUUCUAAAUAUAGAUCAAAUGGGUUUUUCCAUAUGAUACAAUUUCUAAAUAUAGAUCAAAUGGGUUUUUCCAUAUGAUACAUUUUCUAAAUAUAGAUCAAAUGGGUUUUCCAUAUGAUACAAUUUCUUAAUAUAGAGAGUUUUUCAGGGCUGUGAAGCGUUAACCUUUGUUGUAUUUCCUGUUGAUUCAUUUGUAAAUUCUUUUUAUAUUAUAGCAAUGUCCACUCAUCCGUUAACCUUUUUCUUAUUGUGUAUUCUGUUUUAGAAUGUUAGGUGUUGAAUUCAAACUGCUUGGAUAAAAUAACUUGAUUCAAUGACCUCUGACCUUUGUACCAUCUGAAUGAUUUAGGUGUAAACUGGCAUUAUAUUUUUUAAAAGGUCUUGUAACAAUCAAAAUAGAAUUGAACCCUUUCAAAAUGAUAGGUUAACAUUUUAUUGGUACUUUCUGUAAAGAAAUAACAAUAAAUACACUAUGUCAAAUUGUACAUAUAUGAAAUAUUGUUAAUUCUAUGUACAACUAUGAACAUGAUUAGAUAGCAACUAACUUGUUAAAACAGCACACAUAUUAUGUCAAUUUGUGAACUUUUUUUGUAAUUAUGUUUUCUUCCAAUUUUAGGCAGGAUGAAAUGUAUGCCUUGUAAGAAUCUUGUAAAUUUGUAUGAUAACAUUUUCUGUACAUAAAGAUAUAUUUAUAUAAACUCAUUUAUAAGGUCUUGAUAAAGUUAAGGCCUUCCAAACACUAAUAGUGGUUAAAAAUAACCCUUUUAAAUAUAGUUUAAUUUUUAUUUGUUAUAAUUUGGCACACUUUGUUUUAUUUGUUUUAACAUCAUCCAUAGCCCUGUAUCUGUAUACCUGUUAUAUAUAUGACAGCUUUUUUAAUCUUCCAUUUUUCCACAAGUCAUUUGCAUAUUUUAUAGUCAUCAUAAUUUUAUACAUUAUUUAAAGAUACUACACAAAUUUGUCUCAACAAAAUGUUUGUUGCAGCCUAUAUAGUACAUUGGAAACAGAUCAGGAUAUGUGGUCAUUUCUGCAGUAGUCAGAUGAGGAGACUUUGCCUUAAAAAUGUAGAUAUUUUAUCAACUUAGUUAUUAAUCCAUUCAUAGGAAGAAUUGAUAUUUCUGGUGUCAAGUUUUUAAUCCUUUCAAUUGAUAAUGUGAACUGUGGGGCUAAAAUUAGAAAUACUUGAAUAAUGAUAGAGAAAUGUGCCCAUUUAAGUGUAAUAUAUUCUCUGCAAUGAGGGCACUUGUAUAUCAUUAGUUCAAUAAUACUUCCUAUGCUUCAAAUGGAAGAGAACACUGUAUGUAUAAACACCAAAUAAGAGUUAUGCAGCAAUAAUAUAAGGUAUAUGGUGUCUGGUCUAUAUUGGUGCAUAAUGCAUGUAAUCUUUCUAUGGAAUAAUUAAUUGUAUGUAUGUAAUUUUAUAUUUAUUAACUUAUGAAAAAGGUAUUUAAAGAUUACAGCUGGGAUUUUGCUUAACAAGCUAAGAUCAAAAUUAAGAAAGUAGAUUUGCUUCAAUGCCAGAUUUACAUGUUUUUGAUUAUUGCAGCUAGGAUUUUGCUUAAACAGAUCAAAAUCAAAGAAAGAAGAUUCUGCUUCAAUGCCAGAUUUACAUUUUUGGGGCAUUAGAUAAUUAUGCUGUCUUCUGUGUCGAUCAUUGUAGAUGUAACAUCCUAAGUGGAAAAUUCCAAUUCCCCCUCCCACCCAAGUAAAACUGUCCAGCAUUUUUUUUUAUUCUAGCAUUGAUAGUUGUCUCAUUGGCACACUACAACUUCUUAUUUAUAUUGACAGUUUAUGUAAGAAAUUAAUGUACCGGUAUAAAAAUUUUAUAUAAUUGUAGUGUCAAUUUUGAAAAAGGCUAAUUUCAUGUGCCAGUUGCGUGUAUUUUACACCAGGAAAAUAAAUGGUUCAAAACAACAUGUCUGAUUAUUGUCAAUUGAUAAUCUGUAUAUCUAAUUUAAUCAAAAAUAACAUGAGUAAGAUUUCAGAUAAUUCCUUCAAAUCCGCCACAUAACCCAAGUUACAACCAUUCUAGUGCAGACUGCUUUUUUUUUAAGCGUACAGUGUAAUAGCUUUUAUACAAUAUUUUCUUUUAAUACACUUUUCACAUUUAAAUGCAAUUUAAUUUUGUUUUUAAUUUUUUCUGUAGAUUUUAUUCCUAACUAUUUUAAGGACUUUUAUAUCAUUUGUUUUAUGAAAUUUGUUGAUUGUGAAUUUUUAAAUCUGUUUUUUUUCUCUAGAUUUGCUAGCAAGUAUCUGUAUUUGUACUCCUGCACCAAGUCAGUAUAUCUAUGAUAUUUUGUCAAUUUUCUGGUCAGUUUGACUCUGAAGAGUAUAACAAAUUAAUCUAAAUUUCAAUAUUUUUUGUUAUAUGUUUUAAAUAACAUUGUAUACACAGAAGUAUUGCUUAAUAAAAAAUACCAAGCAUG